AUGUCGAGUUCUUGUGGUGGACGACCACCAAAGCAAAAGAUUCCCCUUUGCGAGAAAUUCACAGCAAUUCCAGGCACUCUUUCCAGCACCCUCCUCAUCAACUCUGGCGGCAUCCACAUUCAUUCCGACAUCCUCAUACCCAACUGCUCAUCAUGCCCAACAACUUCAUGGGUAUCUCUGCCAGCUCCAUCAAGUGCGAUCAACCAAGUUACGGUGGUUGUCAGCGCCAAAGCUAAGGGAUUUUCUCCCCUUAUUAGGUGCGAUGUAAUCCCAUAUCCGCCUACUCGAUUGACCGAGUUACCAACCUCCUUCACGAGGUCGAGCUCCCUCGAGGUUGAGAUUUUAAGAUCCCACAAGCCGGAGAUAACUACUGCCAACCUUCCCCUGGCUAUUAUACCUUUUUUUUAA